AUGGAAUUUGAUCCAAAGACACCCCAGUACCUCACCUCGGACCCAACGAGCUUCGCAUCCGUCUCGGCGGACGACCGAUGGCCCGUUAUUAUUACUGGUGCUAUUGACGACCUGGCUCGGACAGUCAGCACUGUUUCGAAUGAUGACAAGGCAAAGGAAGGCAAGAGCAUCAUUGAGAAACUGGCGACUUUGAAGUACGAGUUGCAGCAUGACCGGCAGUUAAGCCCUCUCGAAGAUGAUGGCGCGUCAGACAUCGCUUCAUACAACGAAGAGCUUAAGCAGCGUGGAAAUCCGAAGUGGCAUGAUGCACCUUGGCUGUUUACUGAGUGUUAUCUCUACCGCCGGAUGGAGACCUUUUUCGCUCUCUCAGAGCACUGGAAGGGUUACGAUGUCUUCGCGCGCCAGAAGAUGUCCACCUUCAAGUCUUCCCGACCUGCUGUGCUAGAGCUCGCCGCGCGGUACCGAGAAUUAGCCCACGAGGUAGAGACUGGAAAGGGAGUGGAUGGAAGAUCUGCGGAACAGGUCGAGCAAGCUGAGAAGCUCCUCUUCUCUGAGAUGUGUGAAAUUUGCUUGUGGGGGAAUGCCACCGAUCUCUCUCUACUGACCUCUCUCACAUACGAGGAUAUUCAGAAGCUACAGGGGUCAGAUGCGCGACAAGCAUCGCAGAAGAAUAUCCUCGUAAAUGACCUCGAGGCUGCUUUCAGUGUCAUGCAGAAGGCCCGUGCAGAGAAGAAGAAUGGCGAUCGCCGCGUCGACAUUGUUCUGGAUAACUCUGGAUUUGAGCUGUUUGUUGAUCUCAUUUUGGCCGGAUACCUGUUGACCGUCGGUUUGGCUACGACUGUUGUUCUGCAUCCCAAGAAUAUGCCCUGGUUCGUCUCAGAUGUGACGCCGAGUGACUUUUCUGACCUGCUCCACUCCAUGGUCGACCCACAGGCGUUCUACAUUAAGCCUGACGAUUCAGGCAAGACAUAUCAGCCGCUAUCUGCGAAGCAAGUAGAAGAUGUGAAGUUCUUGUUUAAUCAGUGGUGCGAUUUCCACCAAGAUGGCAAGCUUAUUAUGCGACCUCACUCGUUCUGGACUACACAGGGCUCUUUCUGGCGAAUGCCCCAUGUUGCACCGGAGCUUUUCGAAGAUCUGAAGGAAAGUGAGCUUGUCUUGUUCAAAGGCGACUUGAACUACCGCAAGCUCGUCAACGAUGCUCAAUGGGACCCCACGACCCCUUUCACCACCGCUAUCGGACCCUUGGGACCAAAGUCGGGGGUUCGGGUGAUGGCAUUCCGCACCUGCAAGGCUGAUGUGGUUGUUGGUUUACCUCCAGGCGAGGACGAAAAGCUACGUCAGCUUCCCGGCGGUGGGGGCAAUGAGUCGCGAAAGUGGGCUUGGUCUGGAAAAUGGGCCGUUAUAUCGUUCUGUGAUGGCAAAGCUUAA